AUGGCUUGCUACCUGGUCAUCAGCUCCAGACACCUCCGCAACGGGCACUACCGGGGCAUCAAAGGCGUCUUCAGGGGACCGCUGUGCAAGAACGGAUCUCCCUCUCCGGAUUUUGCAGAAAAGAAGUCCACAGCAAAGGCCCUGGAAGAUGUAAAGGCAAAUUUCUACUGUGAAUUAUGUGACAAGCAGUAUCACAAACACCAAGAGUUUGACAACCAUAUUAAUUCUUACGAUCAUGCUCAUAAGCAGAGACUGAAAGAAUUAAAACAGCGGGAAUUUGCUCGAAACGUCGCUUCCAAGUCGUGGAAAGAUGAGAAGAAACAGGAAAAGGCACUGAAGCGACUUCAUCAGCUGGCUGAGUUACGGCAGCAGUCGGAAUGCGUUUCUGGAAGUGGACCAGCAUACAAAGCCCCCAGGGUAGCCAUAGAAAAGCAACUCCAGCAAGGAAUUUUCCCAGUCAAGAACGGCAGGAAGGUGUCCUGUGUGAAGAGCAGUCUCCUUCUUAAAGGAAAAAAUGUCCCCAGGAGCAUUUCUGACAAACAGAGGUCUACCGUGCCUAACCGACACCAGUUACAGACAGACAGACGAUGUCUGUUUGGAAAUCGGGUGCCACAGACACCUUCAGAUCUCAGCAGUGCAAACCACAGGACAGGAGUAUCAUUUUCCUUUUCUAAAAAAGUACACCUAAAAUUAGAAUCUUCAGCAUCAGUUUUCAGUGAGAACACAGAAGAAACCCAGGAUUGUAACAAGCCACCCAUCUAUAAAGCAAAGCAAACUGUACAGAAAUGCAAGUGCUGCAGGUUUGCAAAUGAGGAUCCAACACAGCUCUCAAAGGAAGAAAUCACAAACAUCUCACCAAGCCAUCUGGAAAGUGUUCUACACAAGAGCUUCUCCAAAAGCUCUGAAAUUCUGCAGGACAAACGUGAGCCCAUUGAUAAGACACUGGGAGAUUCCACUGGCAUGGCCCCUCCCUUCUCUGCAUCUAACAUUCAUCUUUCAGAUGUAGAAUGUUCUCCUUCCAGCAGAGAAAAGGAAACCAGCAAUGCAUGGAAGAACACUCCGGAAAACCACCCUGAUCCUCCACACCCAUCAAAUGCUUCCUCCAGCCCACCCAGCAUUUAUAGGCACAUUGAUGCCAGGAUAUUUGACUGUUUGGAUGAGUUUUCAUCGCUGGAGCCAAGUGACCGAAAGAGUGUCAUGCAUUUCAAUCCCAAAUCCAGAAUGGAGAACAGAGAAAAAUCUUUGGAGGAAACAGAAAGAAUUAGUAAAAAUGUUCAAAAACUUGAACGGGAGGCAUGCCCCCAUGAUGUGACAUCCAAACCACUGCCUUUUCUCCAUGUACAAAGCAAGGAUGGCCACACCACUCUGCAGUGGCCUACAGAACUUCUGUUCUUCACAAAAACAAAACCCUGUAUUUCUUAUGGCUGCAACCCCUUAUAUUUUGAUUUUAAGCAGUCUCAGAACACAAAGGAUGGCCAUGAUCGUGAUCCAGAGGACUUCACAACAGAAUUGGGUAAGGAGGCCUUGGAAAUGAAAACUAAAGGAGAGCACCAAGUCUCAGGUUUAAUCAAAGACCGACAAAAAUUGAUCCAAGAAGAUAAUCAGUCUCGGAAACCAAAGAUAAUGAUAACGAAUCCUGGUUGGGAAAAUUUCCAGAAAGAAUAUAAUUUGGGAUACAAUGAUUAUGAGUCUGGAGAAGGUGAACAUCAUUUUAGUGCAGGUAACGUGGAACUGAAAUAUCCUGAAGUGCCUACUCACCUUGAUGUGUCUCUGAGAGACUGCACAGGAAACAAUCCUAGUGACGAUGAAGUCCAGGAACCUCCGAGGACCCCUUGGCAGAGCAGGGGCAAGGUUGUCCUUAAUGAUGCAAAUGAGAACCUGUCUUUUCCUCCCUACAUCUCCAGGACGAAAAAGCAUAAGCUGAUUUCCUGUAGUUCUCAUUCAGAGUGUGAGGACAAAAACCAUUUCACCUGGAAUUCAAGUCCUUUGACUACAGGGGGACACAGUGACCAUGGGCAGGGCUUCAGUGUGACUCUCGACAGUAGCCACAUCAGUCUGACCAGCAGUGUUUCUGGAUGUGGAAACCAAAGUUACACAAGAUGCUCCCCCACGUCGUCUCUGAGCGGGCGUGCUAGCCCUGCAGGUGCAUCCUGGGACAGUGUGUCCAACUUGAGAAGUGCUUGUGCAAGUCACGGGACCCAUGGUGAUGGCAGGGGUAACCUGCUCUACUUUUGCAGAAGAAACCACAGAUCAGUUGAAAGACACAAACGGAAACACAGAAAGCACAACGGCCUUUGCUUGUCUGCCGAGAUCUCUAAGAGUGCCUGCCUUCAGUCUGAAACAAAGCGAGAUGCAAACUGCAAAUUGUGGGAAUCAUUUAAAAAUAAGAAGUACUCAAGACACAGGUGUUAUCACUGUAGAGAAAAACAUAGAACUGGCAAAAUGCCACCGUUUUCAGGGCCCAAAUCCCCGAGAAUCAUCCACUGUGGUUUGAGCUCACAAGUUUCCUAUGAUGCAGACAGGGAAGAACUACCUAACUGCCAGGGACCUCAACAGAGCAGAGUGGGCUCUUACUCAAGAGGGAAGAUCCAUCGCUUAAAUAAAAGCAGAAGUCAGGAGCCUUUGGCCAACCCUCACUUUUGUGAUCUGAGAAAAGUCAAGCCCAAGCAGUGUAACUCUGGGAAUGCCCACUGCCUUCUAAGGAGCUACUCCAUUGGCCCUGCAGAAACUAUGGAGUCAAACACGACAGAGGGAGACAGGACCCCCCUGACAGCCCAGAGCCUCUUAGAGAGAAUACAAGCCAAGAAGUGUCGGGAGCAGUCAACUCAUUUGGAGAUCUCUCCUAACAGCUGUAUGAAUGAAUCAGAGGCUCAUUCACAAAUCUCAUGUGCAAUUCAACUCCUACCAUCAGGUUGUUCCAGACCAGCAUUGCCUUUGUCAGAAAAAACACAAUGCAACAGUAAAAGAAGAAAUGAAAAAGGCAGUGCAGUCCAAAGGACUACUGAAAAGAACAAAAUCAAAAGUUUGCAGCCCAAUAAUGUCACUGUUCUAGCAGAUAACAGUUGUGACCAUCUUUCUAAAGGUCUAAUUCACUUAGUAGCAGAGUCUCAGUCACUAAAUGGGAGAAAGAACCCGGCAACAAAAGGCCAAUCAAAACCCUCAAUUAGUGAAGCCCAACCUUUGAGUCAAAGCUGUGACCCACUGCCCAAUAAUUUCCCUGGUGCUUGUCCAACCAAUAGAUAUACUGGUGUUGGUGAUGCAACAGAGACCAAAGAGGACCAAAUAAAUCUCGACUUACAGGACGUAAGCACGCAGAUGCAUCACGGAGAGGGGGAUAUAAACUCUUACCAUGACAGAACUAUGCAGAAGCAUGACAAAGCAGAAGAUGGAUUGGAAGUGUGUCAUAAAUCUCUCUCCCCCCCUCUAAGUCAACAGCCCAUAACGUUUUCUCCCGAAGAAAUAGAUAAAUAUAAGCUCCUCCAGCUGCAAGCCCAGCAGCACAUGCAGAAGCAGCUCUGGUCAAAGCAUCUUCGAGUUCUGCCUGCCGCAGCGCCCACUGCCUUCUCCCCAGCCUCAGCUGUGCCAACAGUUCCAGUUCACCAGCACGCCUCGAUCACCACCAUCCACCACACGUUCCUGCAGCACUUCGCUGUGUCUGCCUCCCUAAGUUCCCACAACAGUCACCUCCCUAUCGCUCACCUGCAUCCUCUGUCACAGCCACAUUUCACUCCUAUUUCGUUUUCAACUCUCACUCCCACCAUUAUCCCUGCACACCCUGCUUUCAUAGCCAGCCAUCCCCUACAUUUAGUCACGGCCGCUCCCUUCCAUCCAUCUCACAUAACUCUGCAGCCCCUGCCCCCGGCGGCAUUCAUCCCAACCUUGUUUGGCCCCCACCUAAACCCAGCCACGACGUCUAUUAUCCACUUGAAUCCUGUAAUCCAGCCCAUGUUCCAAGGUCAAGAACUUUGUCACCAUUCCUGCUCCAGUCAGAUGCAACAGUUAAAUGGCAUGAAGGAGGCCUUAAAUGUUUCAGCACAUUUGAACUAAUAGGUGUGAAAGCCCCUCUGGUGGAUAAACGAAGCAAAUUGUCACUACCUACAAAACGAUAGAUUUAAGGUGAUCUGUCUGAUUUUUAUGAGAAUUAAGAUACCUGUGUCAAUUCAAAGUGUGACCAAUAUAUAAAUAUGAACUGAGUUGCCAAUAAUGAAAUAUAAGAUAAUUUUAAGAAUUUCUUUUAACUUGUAAAAAUAAUAGGAGAAAUAGAAUUAUUUUGUAGAAGAGCACAAGGGAAAGUAUUUUGUUUGGGAUGAGUUCUUGUGCAACAUUAUUAAGUGGUAACAGAAAACAUUUAGAACGGCAAUAUUACAAAGAAAAAUCAAAAGAAAUAUAAGACUAUGCUGUAGGUGUUUGUUUAGUGAAUGAAUGAAUGUGCAUUUCAUUUUCUCAGCAAAAAUAAAUCAGUUCUUUAAAACAAUUAUUCAGGUUGAAAUCUAUCCUCUAAUGAAACAAUCUUUAAGCAGAUUGUAGAGUUUCUGUAAAAAAAAAAAAAAUUGGUGAACUUCAUUUGACACAAA